GCGAGUGCCUCCUUCACAUGGCAGGUCUCCAACUCUAAGAUUCCUUACGAAAUGGCGACGGAGAUCUCGUUGGAUCUGAUCAACCGACUCAAGGUCUCGCUUCGAAACGAGGCCAAGCUCUCCUCUCUCGGCGAUUACACGGAUUCCUCUACCCUCAUUACCCUUCCCACAGCUCCGGAGGCAAUCGCGGAGCUCGACGCUUCGGCUCCUCACCUCCUCCGUUGCCGUAACUGCAAAGGAAAGCUUCUGCGAGGGAUCGAGUCUCUGAUCUGCGUUUUCUGCGGCAAGCAGCAACGCACGAGCGAGAAUCCUCCUGAUCCAAUCAAGUUCACAUCCACUUGUGGUUACAAAUGGUUUCUCAGCUCUCUCGAUCUGGACGGAUCGGAGAUGGUAGAGCCACUCAAGGAGGCGAAUGGAUCAAGAAUGGGAGCUAAGGUGCCUGUGGCAAAGGGGAUUGCUCUGUCUGAGUUUCUUGAUUUUGGAGUACAAUGGAUUGCAAGAGAAGGAGAGACUUUAAACAAUGGAGUUGAUGAUGGACAAUCAAUGCGGAAGAAGAACCGUUUGGAUUUAGGAGGGAUUAGUGUUGAUGAUCUUUCUAAAGUGGAUACGGUAGAGAGCAAACCUGAGGAGGAUGAUUUUAAGGAUCCACGUAGUCUUAGCUUAUUUGAUGAUGGUGUAAAGAGUCAGGGAGUUUCUGAAUCACAGAAGAGUGAAAAAGAUGCGCAGAAGAUUGUUACAUCUGGAGAACAUGAGAAUCUUAGUUUGUUUGCGGGACGAGAUGCUCAGGAUGGUGUUUCUUUAGCAGAGCAGGGGAACUUUGGGUUCUUUGAGGAAAAAGAUGUGCAGCACCCUGUUAAAGAGGGUGAAAGCCUUAGCCUGUUUGAGGGGAGAGAUGAGCAGAGGACUAGUUCUUCUGAAAACACUGAGAGUUUUGGUUUCUUUGAGGGGAAAGAUGCUCAGAGAGAUAGUUCUUUCAGAGACGAUGAGAGUUUUGGUUUGUUUCAGGGUAAAGACGCUCAGAGAAAUAGUGCUUUGAAAGCGGAUGCUAAUCUUGGUUUGUUCGAGGGUGGUGGAGAUGGUCAGAGAAAUAGUGAUUCUAAAGAGGAUGAAGAUUUUGGUUUGUUUGAGGCAGCAUUAUCGUCAAAUGCUGGGAUCAAGUCUUUCGAUGACAAGGUUGUUGCCUCUUCUUCUACGUGGGAUUCUGACUUUCAAUCUGUCUCCCAGGAAAAGAUUAGUAGCGAUCCGUUUGUAAGUUCUCCGGCUGAUCUGUCUGCUCAUAUGGAUUCUGUCUUUGGUUCCGGAAAAAAAUUAUUCUAUGAAAAACCAGCAGAUUCUUCAACUGCUUAUGUUUCCAAUGCUGGUGAUUGGCUGCAAGAUGAUUUGUUUGGUGAUGUUACUGGCAAGACUCAAAACAACGACCAGACUUCCCAUGAGGGACAAGUUGUGGGAGGCAAUGUAAGUUCAUCCAUGGAUAUUGAUUGGAUGGGAGAUGAUCUUUGGCAAACCAGUGAAAAGAAAGCCCUUGAGCAGACACCUACAGAUGAUAAUGAUGGUGACGAUGACUGGAAUGAUUUUGCAAGCUCAGUUAACUCCAAGACUCCUAGUAAUCUGCUUUCAAGAACCAUGGAAAGUUCCCAAGAGGAGGAGAUAUUUGAUGGGCUGGCGCUUGUUAAGAACGAUGUUAAUGAGCGGAGCAAAGAUGAGAUGCAGAAUACUGGUACAGCAGGCGUGAUAUCUGACAUAGGCAAAGGUCAAGAAGAUGAUCUCUUUGGGACUUGGGAUACUUUCACAUCCUCAACCGUUUUGCAAACACCUGUGCAGCCUCCCACGAACCAUGUGUAUUCAUCUGCUGAGCUGAAUCCGGAAAUGAACUUGUUUGGGGAUAGUAGCCAUCGCAGUGACCUUGCUUUUGAUUGCUUUCCGGAAAGUACUGGAGGCCAAGCCAUGCCUUCUGGAACCUCCACCUUAGAGAGAACCAGUGAUCCUGAUGGUAAAGAUCAAACACUUGAUCUUGUAAGCACAACAACAUCUCACAAGUCAAAGAGUGAUGUUGCGGAGGAGCUGAUCUCACAGAUGCAUGAUCUCUCGUUUAUGCUCGAGACCAAACUCUCUGUACCUCCAAUCACCAAGGCAGAGUAAUAUUAAUACAUUGUACUGUCUCUCUCUCUCGCCUCAUGUUUUUCUUGGGGGCUAGAAAGAUUGUUAUAUAUAUUUCAUUUUCAAUAACUCCAAAUAUCCCUUUUGCUGGCGUUGUCGCCGAGAAAUGAUGUUAGUCUACCAGUAGCAUGGUCCAUUGAUUCA